AUGAAAUACAGCGAACUUGAGGAUAAGCACUUUCCUCUUUUUGUGACUUUCGAUCGACUGUUGAAGAUGAUCGCGGCAGAUAUGUUGAGCAAGGAUGUCCCCGAAACGAGAGAUAGUGCAGGACUUUUCUUCAAUGUUGACGAUCAUGAGGCGCACGACUGUUUCGUCACCUAUGACGUAUUCGCGAAUCAAUACUGGCCUCAUUUUCCGGAGAAUCUCACUAAGAAUCUUGGUAAUACCCGUGGUUGGUUUUCAGCGAAUUCAUAUAUGAGGAUCGUCAAAAGCUCCAAACAUGCACUGACAUGUCCUGAAGGAGUUCUCGAUCGCCCAAAUUACCUCCAUCUUCUUCGUCGUUCUAACCCAAACUUUGCAAAUCAGGGGAAUUCUGUCGCUCUCGCUGAUCAGCUAGAGUUCUACCUCUCACUUUUGCGAAGGACGGAAUUAACAGGCGACAUCAAAACCUUACUCAUCUGGAACUUCAGGAAACGGCCCCACGAUAUUCUUCAUGAUCGUUACCUGACCGUGCUUUGGUGGAUGCUCGCGUCAGUUCUAAUGGUCAACACUAUCUAUGUCCUCGUCGUACCGAUGGCAUAUACUAUUGGCGUCCAGUAUGGAAUCACGAACGAAGCCAUCAUCAGGGUGUUUUUCCUCCCAAAUGGACUGGGAAGUUUCAAAGAUGGCGGGAGAAGCAGAGGAGGGUGGGCCGAAGAUCGUUUGAGAGCAACAUGGAUCGGAGGGCUGAUCAUUGUCCCAUUGUCUAUUGGGGCAUCAGGGCUGAUCACAACGUAUAUUGAGGGCCUGAUCGGCCUCGCAUUAAAUAUACUAUGCCUCUAUGUGAAUGGAGUGAAUGUCAAUUCAGUAACGAAUCUUAACAACUCUUAUAACGUGGACGUGGUACAUUCUCGAAGUGCUGAGGCUACAGCUGCUUGCAUAGCGAGCUGGUCGCUCAUUCUGUCUGCUGCCUCUGCUCUUCUCGUUCCAUCGAUCGAGCAUAUAGGUGUUGCAUGGACGAACAUCAGCGCAGCUGUCUUUGCGGUCAUUGGACAAGGGAUCAUCUUCUUGACAAUUCGUUAUGGCGAUCACAUGUGGGCAAGCAUAGAUGUUGGUUUCUCGACAAUAGAGAAUAACUGA